AUGAUCGAUAAUAGUAACACUGUAAAGAUUUGUAACUUUUUGCUUCAAUCCAACAGAACUUCACUCUGGUCUCCAAGUAGCAAACCAGUAGACUCAAGUAUAAGUGGCUGUUUCCAUGUUUCCUACAAAUUGGGAGUCUUUAGGGAAACUAGUCUGUUCUUGCAAGGUUAAAACCUCUAUAAGUGCAGGAAUCAUAAGUGGAAAGUUUGUGACAUUGGAAAUUCUCAAUUGGAAAUGGUAAAGCAUAAUGUAUUUGGAGAGGGAUGUAAACUAGGAUUUGGAUAAUAUCAUAUUGAAAUAUACGGUAAGAUAGAAGAAUUGUUGGAUAAACUCAAAAAGUAGUGCAUUCAAUCAAAUUUCACUCAAAAGUACUCCAUUCUCAAAUUAAUGGGAUAAGGUACUUAUGGAAAGGUUUAUAGAGUCAAGAAUAAGAGUAACUAAAAGGAGUUUGCUGUUAAGACUUUUGAAAAAUCCUUGUUGAUACUACCAAGUGAUAAAAUUGCUUUAGCCAAAGAACUAGAAAUAGCUCGUCUCUUUGAACAUCCAAAUUUAAUGUAAUAUUAUGAAUCCUUUGAAUCCGAACAAUUUAUAUUUGUAGUUUUUGAAUUGUUAUUGGGAGGCAAUCUGCGAUAAGAAAUCAAAAAAUAGAGACUUAGUGAAAAAAGAGCUUUUAGCAAUAUUCGCCAAUUACUCGUUGCUUUGGAUCAUAUGCAUAAUCUUGGUGUUCUACAUCGAGAUAUUAAACCAGAGAACAUCAUGUUUAGGAAUUCAGAAGAACUGGUAUUAACCGAUUUUGGUUUGGCAGAUCAUUAUAGGAAGGAUGGCCAAUACCUAUUUACAAAUUGUGGAACGCCUGGCUAUUGUGCACCAGAAUUGCUGUAGAACAAACUAUAUGACUUCAAAGUCGAUGUGUAUAGUGCUGGUAUUGUGCUAUUUCAAAUGUUGACUGGACAAAACCCGUUUGAUUCAGAUGAUUACAACAAAAGAGUCAAACUAAAUAAACAAGGAUUGAUCGAUUGGAGUAUUGUCAAUGUCAGUGGGGAUGGCUUGGACUUCCUAUAAAGUUUGCUUUCUAGAAAUCCUUUCCAUAGAUUUACUGCAGCACAGGCUCUUAAUCAUAAGAUUUUCAAUUCAGAUUAUGGAAGAUUUCAAAGAAGUGGAGUGAGUAACACUUUAGUAAGCACAGGCUCACAACUCUCCUCCCCAAAUACCAAGCAGUUAUAAAUAAUACCCAGUCCGUUAUAAAGCCCAAAAAUUAAUAGUUUACAUCAAUUCGAAUUUGAUGAGUUGGAUAACUUAAUUUUGGAGCAAAGCAAGAAGGAUAAGUCUUUGGUCAACUAUCCCAUGUUGGAGAGAAAGCAAAAUCAAUAGUUUUAAUUCAACUAUAAACUAUAACACAGAACUACAAAGUCAGAAGUAUUGCUAUUUUUUUAAGAAUGA